AUGGCCGACCAGAUUGACUACCGAGCGUUGUAUGAAGAAGCAGAACGCGCACGCAGAGAUGCGGAGCAGCGUCUCCAGCAGGCGCAGCAGCAGCUGACAAAGACGACGUUCCUCGAAUUCCUCAACAUUUGCCAUCAUGACAUCUUUUUACAUCUUAAUGUGGAGCGAAACAGCCUGCGCUCGACCACCGGCGGCUUGACGCGUGUGGACGGCAAGCUGUAUCCCCGCUACCUCAAGCCGUGGACAGAGUUUGGUGCCCGGCACAGUGCCAGCUUUGCGGUGCUUGAACAGGCCUUUGAGCACCAGCCGUCCUUGUUUCCGUCGCCCGCCGGCCUGGACUACCUGGCGAGCAAGCUGCGCGACAAGAAGCUGGCCAGCGAGGAAGACCUGAAGACAUUUGAGUGCCUGGCGGUCGAGGGCUGCGCGCUCGACGUUUUGCCGCCGUUUCUCGAGCGUGUCCACAACGGCGACGCCGCGGCGGCGAUCCCCACUGCCGAUGUACCGGCCAGCGUCUCGUUCAACAACUAUCCACAUGGCGUUGUCGCGAACGAAUCCGACGAGGCAGAAAGCGAGGCCGAGCUGGACCAAACCGAGAGCCCCUCUCCUCGCCGCCCUGCAGAGGACGAGAGCCCGGUCCGGGGACGGGGACGGGGCCGAACGCGAAACCGGAACCGGAGCCGAGCUCGCGGCGCUGCAGCGGGUGGUCACCGCCACAGAAAGCCACUCAAGAUCAAGGAAGACCGGCCUGCGUACAUUGCCGCGCUCGGGGUCGCCAAGCGCGACAUGGACGCUGCCGUCGAACGCGCGGCGGCCGAGGCUGAAGAGCAGGAGACGUCUGGGCAUCGGCACAAGCGCCGAUCGCCCGAGCGGACCAAGGUCUUCCCCGACCAAUGGUGUUUUCGGCACGGCACCGACGGCACGGCGCGCCCCCUGUUUGUUAUCGAGUACAAAGCAGCCCACAAGAUUGACCGGGCGCUGUUGCGCAAGUGCCUCGAGCCCGAGACGGCCGCGUCGUUGAUGGACGACACACUACGGGUGCUGUGGCUGUCCAAGAGCAUCGAUCGAGCUGGCGAUGGCGACAAUACCGACAAAGGCGACAAAGGCGACAAAGGCGACAAAGGCGACAAAGGCGACAAAGGCGAAAAGGACGGCGAUGCUCUGGCGAAGCGUGACAUUGCAAAGGUGUUUGUGCAGACGUUCCACUACAUGGUGGACUACGGACUGCAGUACAGCUACGCGACCACAGGUGACGCCCUGAUCUUUUUGUACCUCGACCCGGCGCAGCCUGACACGCUCUACUACCACAUGGAAGAGCCGAAGCGGACGGUGCGCUCGGCCGAUCGCGACGACCUGAAACACUCGGCCGUCGCCCUCGUUGUCGCGUUCGUGCUCAUGUCGAUGACUGGACAGUACAUGACGCAACGGUGGAAGAAGACGCUACAAAAAGAGCAACCGAGGUGGCCGACCCUCUACGGCGGUGGCACGUCGGCACAACCGCCCGAUGCAUCACCGUCUCUAACCAAUCCUAGACAGGUAGUCUUGCUGGCUCGCAACACAACGGAAACCGUGGACAGCUGCGGGGACCCUCACAAGCAGAGCCUCGCUCGCAGGCGAGAUGAGGACGACGAGGGUGAUGGGGGCGCUGGGCCGUCGUCGGGGCCAGGGACUGCCACGCAAGCAUCUGCGGCUUUCACAGCGACCAGCGCUGGCUCAACAAGCACAAUGCAAUCGUCGUCCGGUCAGUCAACACGAGGCUCGUCGGCACCACACGGCUCACGACAGCAGCCGGCGUCGUCGUCGUCGGUGUGGUCGCGUCCGGUGAAUGCGCCACUCUCGCCUACCCUCCCAUACUGCACACAAGCUUGCCUUCUCGGCCUGAAGGCAGGCGGUGUCAAGGACAAAAGGUGUCCCAACUAUCGUCUACACCAAUGGAACGGUGCAGCCGACAAUGCUAACGACGACAAUGACAACGACGGCGAGGGCGACGGACGGCAUCCCAUCUCUGUGGAGGAGUUCCGCACGCUCUUGCAGCAACAACUGGCCGACGAUAUGGACAACGACUGCCAGAGCUUGGAGAAGUUUGGCAUGUACGGUGCCAUUGGCGCCCUGUUCAAGAUUGCGCUCAGUGCCUACGGCUACUGCUUUGUUGCCAAGGGCGUGCAGCGGACGCAUCAGAAACAACUCGCCUCCGAGGCCGCAAUGUACGGCCACCUCGAGGCCUGCCAGGGCCGCCUGGUGCCGGUCAACCUCGGCAUCAUUGAGCUUGUCGACGAGUACUGGACCGAGUGCGGCGCGCACAUUUCGCACAUGAUGGUGUUGUCCUUUGCGGGCGAAUCGCUGUGGCACUACCGCCGCAAGAUGGGCAACAUGGGCCGGACGGAAUGGACGGCAGACGAGUAUGCGCUGUGCCGUCGCCACCACGACGCAAUGAUGCGCACGCUGGAGGACCUGGAGCCGUACGACGUCGUGCACGACGAUGUCAACUACACCAACAUGGCGUGGAACGAGGAGCUGCAGCGGGUCAUGGCCUUUGACCUGGACUACGCCUACGUCAAGCCUGUGUGGAGGCCUGGCGAGACGCAAACGCAAACGCCGGAGCGGAAGCAGACGGCUGCGCCUGGGAGCAGCCCCCUUCUCAAGCGACGGAAAUCGACAGACCUGGCCAGGUCCCAGCCGGCCAAACGGGCAAAGAGCAGCACUGUCGGGACGAAGGAAAAUGCGCCGCUGGAAGAAUAA